AUGCAGGAGGGGGUCAAGUUCCAGUUCCUGUGCUUCGGCUUCGGCCAGGUCAUCAUGCUGCUCAACGUGGCGUCGGGCAUCCUGUCCAAGUACCUGACGCUCGAGAACGCGAGUCUGCCCACGCUGCAGAGCACCUGUCUGUACGUGCUGCUGGCCGUCGUGUACCUGGGCGUGCGCUUCGUGCGCAAGACGCCGCUCAUCGGCGUGCCGUGGUGGUUCUACGUGCUGCUGGCCGUCGUGGACGUGGAGGGCAACUACUUCGCCGUCAAGGCGUACAACUACGCCAACUACGCGACGCUGAGCCUCAUCCUCAACAUGACGGUGCCCUUCGUGACGCUCUUCUGCUUCCUGUUCCUCAAGACCCGCUACGCGCUGCGCCACUACGUGGGCGCGGUCAUCGCGCUCGGCGGCUCCGUCGUCAUCUUCGUGUCCGAUUACACCUCGUCGGCCAACGGCACCUCGAGCCGCGAGGUGCGCGGUGAUAUGUACGCGCUCAUCGCCGCCGCCUUCUAUGCCACGUCCAACGUCAUGAUCCAGGCCGUGGUCAAGACGCGCGACGUCGACUCGAACGUCGAGUGCCUGGGCUUCCUGGGGCUCUGGGCCUCCGUCGUGUCCAUCAUCCAGGUGCUCGUGCUCGAGCGCGGGCCCAUCGAGGACGUGGACUUCACGGGCCGCGUCUACGGCUACAUGGCCGGCUACGUCUGCGUGCUCUUCGUCUUCUACACCAUCACGUCCGUCUUCCUGCGCUGGGCCGAGAGCCUCAUGUUCAACCUCGGGCUGCUCACGGCGCCGGUCUUCACCGUGGCCGUGUCCUACCUCAUCUUCGACGAGGCCGUCAACAAAUGGUACUGGCUCGCGCUCGCGCUCGUGUACGUGGGGCUCAUUUGCUACAGCUCAGCCCCGGCGCCGCAGGAGGCGGCGGCGGCCAAGCCCCGCGACGACGAGGACAAACCCGACCACUACGCUGAAGCGCUCACCCCCAACGCCACGAGCUACGCAUAA